GGCUCUCCCAAGAAAGCCUCUGCCGGAUUUGACACUUGUAGGGUGAAAAAAACUAAAGUUUGCAAGGAGUGUACUUUUCCCAAAAGUGUGUUUUCAUCAAGCUAGUAUUCGCCUGACCGAACCAUUCCAGUGUCAAGUUUGUCCGAGGCGAAUAUAUUUAAGUGGACCUACUACGACAGGCUGUAUUAAUGGCAUUUCAGCGCGUAUGUGCGAGCAGCCCCUAUACGGUGACCAGCGCCAAGAAAAGGGCCGUUACAAUGCCAAACGUGAAAGGCAGAUACGCAACGAACAAUAACGUCUACGUCACAUCCUUCACAUACGACGAUCUUUACUAUUGCCUUUACGGUUACAACAAAAUGGUCCCAGUUGCUUUGCCAUCCAAAACAACAACGCCGCCGACGCCAAUAAUAACUAAAGAUGAAGUCGGCAGCGACUCCAUUCAAUUGUGGUGUGAUAUAUGCAAAGAAAGUCAUCGCGGUGAAUGUCCAAUGCACGGCCCGCUCCACUCUCUGCGAAAGUUGGUCAACGCCGAUCCAACAAUGACGCACACUCCCUACGCCGUGAAAACGUUACCAGACGAGUUUGCCUUGUGUACGAGCAGUAUUCCCGGAGAGUUAUACGGAGUGUGUGCAAAGCAGAGAAUACCAGUCGGAGCGUGGAUUGGCCCGUUCGAGGGCGAAAAAGUGAGCACCGAUGAAAUAAAAAAUGUUAACAACACUAAGCAUUUAUGGGAGGUAUACAAUGAUGAUGGAGAAGUCGACUAUUUCGUGAACGGUGCCAACGAACGUACAUCAAGCUGGAUGAGGUAUAUCCGAUGCGCCCGCAGUCGACGGGAACAGAAUCUAUGCGUUGUGCAGUAUAAUGGGAUCAUCUAUUACAGAGUGUGUCGGGAAAUUCACAAAGGAAUGGAAUUGUUGGUUUGGUACGAUGACCGCUACACACAAUUCAUGGGCAUUCCAAUAUCGCUAACGGUGCCGGACAAAGACAUGACAUCGUUUCCAUCAUCGCCACUGGGUGAGAAAGGGAAGUCAUACAACGCGUCCUGUUGCACGUUCAUCGGCAAUGGCGUCACCAAGAGGACUAUGGUACACCGAGAACGCGCUGAUUCCAACGAUAACAUCAUCGACGUCAAGACGGAGUGUGACGACAGCAUGUCUCCAGCUUCUGACGCCAGUUUGUCACCGAACGGCAGUGUGUUCAACUCCAAACCCAUGGUCGACGUGAGUCCAACCCUUUCUAACAAGAACAAUAAUACCAUCUCCCAUGGGUCGGAUUUCACAGACUGGAACAUGUGGAGAUGCGGGCAGUGUUUUAAAACUUUCACCCAAAGAAUAAUGCUACAGAUGCACAUAUGUCCCAAGAAUCCAGAUAAGCCUUAUCAGUGCGGCCACUGUCCAAGCUCAUUUGCUCAGGCUUCUGAGUUACGUAACCAUGUUGUGACCCACUCCAACGAGAGGCCAUUCAAAUGUGGAUUUUGUGGAAGAGCUUUUGCCGGUGCUACAACGCUAAACAACCAUAUCCGAACGCAUACAGGCGAAAAGCCUUUCAGGUGUGACAAGUGUGACAGGUCUUUUACCCAGGCGUCUCAGUUAAGCCGACACCAGCGUACUCCAAGUGAAUGUAACUCUCGCCAGACUCCUGAUAAAAUUUCAUCGCACAAUGAAAUGAACAACAUUCCGUCGAUAACCGGAAACACCGAUCAAGAGCUGUGAUCCUUGUAUAUAGUGACAUUUUUACAAGAAAUUAACUUAAAUUUAAAACAAGAUUGUAUUCAAAAUAUCACUUACCUAUGCAACUCUCAUAUUGUUUCAAGUAACAUGUUUAUUUUAUUUAUUUAUCUAUUCAAAUGCCAAUUAUUCGUUACAAAUAAUUUAUUUUAAACAGACUACAACUCAUUUGCUGCUUAGGAGUAGUUUGUCUUGCGUCGACAUUUUGUGCGACAUUUUCGUUUAAAGUGUAUCGAAAUGUUAUAAAAUAUUAUAUAUAUUAUCCGAUACUUUAAUUGUUAUUUUCAAUUUUAAUAUAAACUACAAGGAAUAAACGUAAGAGUUUUCCAAAACAAAA